AGUGAAGUUUAUCGCUAAUAUCGUUUCAACAACUCAUAUUGUCGUUUUUACAGGCAUUAUUCCUAUUGGAAAGUGCACGAGGGUUGGUAAUGAAUGAGUGAACAGGCUGACAUAGGCUUGGGCGUAGCAAGCUUAUCGCAAAAGGGAAGUUCCAAGUAUAAAUUUCUCACAGAUGCAACCGGAUGCAACUGAUGUUUGUUGCGUUUCUUCGGUUUCUCGGGGAGCGUGCAUAUUUGAGCCAUUUGAGCUGAUCAGCUUACUUGCUCUCCGAUGAGCGGCAACGGCCGGGCCAAGGUGCCGCAUGCGGCCACAUGCGAGGCCCUUGCCUCAUGGUUAGACCAAGUCCCUUUCUCAAAGGCGAGGAAAAACAUUCCCCGGGACUUUGCGGAUGGAGUCAUGAUGGCAGAAUUGCUAAAACACUACUAUCCCAAGUUGGUUGAACUUCACAAUUACACAUCAGCAAGCUGCCUCAUUCAUAAAGUAAAUAAUUGGCUCACUCUUAAUAGGAAGGUGUUAUCUAAGAUAGGAAUAAAAUUGAGUAAAGAUCAGAUUGAACAGAUUGCAUCAGCCUCUCCAGACUACAUAACUCCUGUUCUCAUAUCUUUGAAGCAAAAGAUAGACUCGGCCAAGGAAAAGCGCGACGCAGAGCACAAACGAACCCACACCAAUAACCCUCAAAAUAUUCUCUGUUUUGUGGAAAAGAAACAAGCAGAUGCAGUUUAUGGUAUUCCCAUGGCAUGUGAAGCAGCCAAUGGGCAACAACUGAUGGUUUCAAUGGAGAAUAUGGUACCACAAAGGCUACUAGAUGAAAAAUUAAGUGAAAUCGCCGAGAAAGAUGAUGCUAUCAAUAUUCUCAUUCAGAAAGUCUCUCAUCUUGACACACUUCUCCAACUGAAAGAUCAAAGAAUCAAAGAUUUGACCCAACAGUUGCAAUCAUUGCAAGUGAUAAAUAAAGAGUUAGGCAAUUCAGGAUUUAUGUAAAUGGAAAUAUUCCCUGGUUUGUUUCUUAUUACAUAUAAAAAGAUGAAAUUUCUUGUAGCCAGCUUUAGCUUUGUAGUGAUGGACAAAAUAUUGAUAGAAGUAAAGAAGUGUAAAGACAGAUAUUUGUUGUUUGUAAAGGAAAGAAUGCAAUUUGUUCUGUGCCUUCACAAGUAUAUUGAAUAAAAGGGUUUGCUUUUGAUGAAUAUACAUAUACAAGUUCCAUGCAUGUGAUGA